AGUGUAUGUUCCCUCAACAAUCAGACUUCACACCUUUCUUUGCCCUGCAUAUCUCAGUCUCGGCUCAGUCCUUAGAUCAGAAGCUAAGAUGACUUUCUACGACGACAUUUACCCAUUCUACCCGCUACAAAGGACUGCCUUCAUCGUCAGCGGCCGACUGCUCGCCAUUAUUCUGGUCUUCCUCAUGCUGGCAGUCGGUCUUCUUCUCAUCCUGCCAGGAAUACGAGGAAGGACGCGGGUUUUCUGGAUGCUUAGGAUCAUGAUCAGCUUGUUUGUAGGUGUAGUUAUCGUAGCUCUGAACUUCACCAACAGCUGGGCCGAGGCGAGGAUGACCACAAACGCUACCUACAAGUCCUUCAGUAAUGCUGUCAUCCAGGCUGAGGUCGGCCUGCAUGUUGGGCUGUACGGCAUCAACGUGACACUUAGAGGGAAACCCGUUGUGCAGUUCAAUGAAACCAUCAACUACAAUGAGAUGUUCAGCUGGCAUGACAUCGCUGAAGAAGAGUAUGAGCAAGCUUUGAUCAAAGGUUUACCCAACCCCAUCCUGUACAUCGUGGAGAAAUUCACCCUGAGCAGCCCCUGUGGGAUGAUCUUUCAGUACCGUUACUCCGGACGUUUUGCCUCUGCAACCCUCUGGACAGCGUUUUGCUGCUGGAUUCUCGCCAACAUCUUGUUCUUCUUGCCCGAUGUUGUUUACGCCGGGUACAUGACCAUGGCCACCGCCGCCUUCAUCUUCUUCUCCAUGGCCUCCUUCUCCACCAUCACGAAUGUGCCUCAGUGUGUUUUCUCCAUAGGGGAAGACUCCUUUGUGACAGAGUACAGCCAUUCGUUUUGGCUGGCUCUGGCUACAGGAGUGCUUUGCGCCAUCAUCGGGUUUUUCGUGGUGAUGCUGUACUUCCUGAUGCCAGAGAAGGUAAAAGCUGCUUUCAGCUUGAGUUUCGACAACUACCAGGACGAGGAUGAGGAUAAAUCUUGUCCAGAGGGCUACCUCAACUCAGUCUUCCUUAACGGGGAAUUGUAUCUACCACUGACACCUAAAGUUACACCAGAUCGUCUAUGAAGCCAUCCAGUGAUCUCAACUGAUUCAUACUUGAAUAUUAUUUGGCUGAAUGUGUUAAAAAUGAACUUUUCUAAGUUUAAAUCACUGUCAUUAUUUAUGUGAGCCGGUUUUAUGUAUUAAACUGUAAAUAUGUGUUUAAUGCUGUAAUGUUUGUUGUUGGGAACUAAAACUAAAAGAAAUGUUUUUUAAUGCCUUUUUUCUUGCAUGAUAAUGGAAAUAUAUUAGUCUUUACUUAACUUCUUCCUGAUUAAUCUGAAAAAUAUUUAUAUACCAGGAUUUAUUACAAAAAAGUCCACACAAUUUUGGCACAUUUAGUUUAAAGCAAGUAUGGAGAAACAUUGGUGCUGAUGAGGAUGCUGUAGUUUUCCUAUUCCAGGCUGGUGUAUUUAUUUCUG